AUGAGUUCUCACACCCUAAGAUCAAGCAAUAUCAUAUCCCAGUUCAUCUCGGAGGAAAAUACAUCCAAAGAUCAAACACCAAUUAAAGACGAUGGUAUCGAACCAAAGAAACCAUUUUGCUACCGAAUUAGAUCUUCAAAAGCCUUUGUUUUCAGUACUGCUGCAAUAGGUGUAUUUACAAGUAAUUUUGUACAUUCUAUUUUAUUUCCACUUGCACCGUUCAUUGUAGCACGUAUCAACAAUGGUGGGAAAGAAACAUCAGAAACAGAAGUAGCAUCAUCUGCAGAAACUGGUAUUCUAGUAGCUGCUUACGCUAUUGGAUUAUUAUCCGGAUCGCCAGUGUUUGGAUGGCUAGGUGAUAGACUGACUCUUCGUCGACUUCCUAUGCUGCUCGGUAUCUCGGUCUCAAUUGGUGCCAAUCUAUUAUUUAUGUUCAGUACAGCAUACUGGAUGCUAUUACUUGCUCGAUUUCUUCAAGGGUUUUCAAAUGCGUGUGUGUGGACAAUGUGUCUAUGUAUUGUGACCGACAAUUGGCCCUCGGAUGAACUUGGCAAGUGUUAUAAAGAUGAAGAUGCCAGUAUGGGUACUUACACCAUAUCUUUAGGAUUACAAAUGGGAAAGUUAAUGGGAUUAUAUGCUUCUGGUAUGGUUAUCGGUCUACCAGUAGGAGGAGUUUUGUACAGUGAAUUAGGAUAUCAAGCACCAUUUAUCGCAUCCCUUAUUAUAUGCGCAAUAGACUUCUUUAUGAGAAUAGCAAUUAUUGAAAAGCCAGUAUUUUCAAAAACAUGGCCUCUCAAUACCCCCACUAUAAGCGAAGAAGAUGGAUAUUCAAAUGAAAAACCAAAGCCCAACACCAUUCGACCCAAUUUUGAUGAUGCACCAUUAAUGAAUCCAGUCCAGAACGCCAAACUCUCCAAGCUAUUAAGACAACCUCGUCUGCUUGUUUCGCUUUUUCAGAUGGCCGUUGUUGCCUCUACUAUGAGCUCAUUUGAACCUACAAUCUCCAUGUGGUUGGCAUCAGAGUGGCAUUUUAAUGCAGCCGAAUGCGGGUUAAUCCUUUUAGCUUAUAUUUUACCUUGCAUUGUAUCCAGUGUAUUUUCAGGGUGGCUUUGUGACAAGAUUGGAACAAAGGCUGUUGCAGUUGUGUCUCUUAGCUUUGCAGCUAGUACAUGUGUUUGCGUUGGUAUUCCGAAUCACACGAAUUCAUUCUGGACACUUGUGCCAGUGCUUGCUGUUUCAGGAGCAGCCAUUGCAGGGUGUGAAUCUUCGGUGUUUCCAGAAGUAGCCAAGGUUAUUGCUACCGAGAAUAAUAAUCCAGACGAUCACAGUGGUAUUGCACGGUGUUAUGCAAUGGUUAAUGUGGCAUCUGCGAUAGGCCUGUGUGUUGGGCCCCUACUCGCUGGUUUCCUGUACAGUGCAAUUGGAUUCUUUUGGCUCUGCUGCCUCCUAUCUAUUCCCUUUGUUAUAUGUAUUCCAUUUGCCUAUUUCUAUGUAGGAGGAUCAAAUACUAAAUUCAUUGUUCGUCCUCCAAAGCAUUAG